AUGAGCGACCAAAAUCAAAAUGGUGGUACCGUAUUCGCGCUUUAUCGCUAUACGCCUUCCAUUCCUGCGGCGGUUGUCUUUGCGGUUAUAUUCUUCAUCCUAGCGGCUGCCCAGUUGUUUUUGAUCGUCCGCCAUCGCACAUACUUCUUCAUACCUUUUAUUGUUGGUCUAUUAUUCGAAUGCGCCGGGUACAUCGCCCGUAUUUUCUCUCAUUUUAAUACACUCGCUCUCGGCCCCUACAUCGUACAAACCAUGUUGAUCUUGGUUGCACCGCCGCUUUUUGCCGCCUCGAUCUACAUGACACUUGGACGGAUUACAGUGAAACUGGGUGCCGAGGAAGCCUCCAUGAUUCCGAUCCGGUAUUUGACGAAGACUUUUGUGGUAGGAGACGUCGUUUCGUUCCUACUUCAAAUGGGAGGUGGCGGCUACAUGGCGGUCGGCACUCUGGGAGCGUUGAAUAUCGGUGCAAAGAUUGUGAUCGGCGGUCUCGCCGUUCAACUCCUCUUCUUCGGCUUCUUCGUCAUUGCGGCUGCCAUUUUCCACUGGCGCGUCAAGCAGCAAGUCUCACGAACGCGCAUCGGUUCAUACACCCAUGGGUCAACUGCAAGGCGGUCUGGCAUGGGAAGCAAAUUAACUUGGGAGAAGUUGAUGUGGGCUCUCUAUGUCGCGUGUGCUCUCAUUCUCGUGCGAUCGAUAUUCCGUGUUGUGGAAUUCGUUGAGGGGAAUGAUGGGUAUGUCAUGCGCAGAGAAUAUUGGUUGUACAUCUUUGAUGCAGCCCUCAUGACGUUGGCAGGAGCUUCCAUGACUGUGUUCUUCCCCGGCUUCCUGUUGGGACGUGGUGAGCUGAAAGGGUCGAGUGCUGUCGAGGCAUUUUCAAGUGGGGAACAUGAGAUGUCUUCGAGGCGGUUGAGGACCAAGCAUGCUUCUGGGAACAGGGUAUGA